UAGUUAUCAAAAUUUCCCUUACUCAAAACUUUGGCGGGGGAUAGCUAGGGCACAUCACAGUCCGUCUAGCUGAUUCAAAAUCGAAUCGAUUUUUGCAGUUUCGUCCUCGAAAUCUCUCUUGAUUUGCCAUGGAAGUCCCCAAGGAUGAGCCGCUGGCUGUUUUUCUGGAUCGGACCUCACGCGCCACGAGAGGGAAGAGGAUGACUAAGUUACUGGAUGAGGAAAUCGAAGAGGAUGAGAUGUUCUGGAAUCAGGAGGCUCUCAAAGAGGAUGAAGAUGAUGGAAACUAUGAAGCAGAGCCUGAGGUUGCUGACGAAUUUGAUAGCGAUUUUGAUGAAGAUGAGCCAGACCCUGACGAAGGAGCGGAAAACAACGACGCAGAUGAGAGAGUGAGGACGAAGAAGCGGCUGAUAUAUCCGGGAAAGCAAUCGAGCAAGAAGAAGAAGAAGAAGAAGAAAGUGAUAUCGGAAUUAGAAUCCAAGGAUGGAAAUGAGAAGUCUUCUCAUCCCGAACAACAUCAGGAUGCUCCUGAGGAAGCAGAAGUAGAGAGAACUGUGAGAAAAUCUACUAGAACUUCAGUGGUUGUCCGUCAAGCUGAGAGGGACGCAAUACGUGCGGCCUUGCAAGCAACCAUGAAGCCGAUUAAGAGAAAAAAGGAAGGCGAGGAGAAGAGGAUGACUCAAGAAGAGAUGCUCUUAGAAGCAGCUCAGACAGAAAUUAUGAACUUGAGAAAUUUGGAGCGUGUUCUAGCGAGGGAGGAAGAAGUUAAGAAAAGAGCCAUUGUACAUAAGGCUGUCUAUACUGGUCCACAAGUACGUUAUUUUUCAAAAGAUGGUAAGCUUUCGGCGUUACACUUUUCUAAUCAAACGUCAUUUCAGUCAGAAAUCUCUACCGCACCUGUUCCCUACCCUGAGAAAGCUGUCUGUGCUGUUACUGGUUUACCUGCCAAGUACCGUGAUCCAAAGACAGGGCUACCUUAUGCAACAAAAGAAGCUUUUAACAUCAUUCGGCAACGUUUUCUACAGGAAAGUGGUAGGGUCAGGAAAGAGAUGGACAUGGGUGACUUGUACGGUUCACUUUCUGGUAAGGGGUUUUCUGCAAGGGGGAAGAGAUCAGUGGCGUCAAAUAACAUCGAUGCGUCGUAUUCUCGAUAUUUUGCACGUUUCCGCAGAAUUCCAGCUCUUGAAAGCGAAUCAUCUGAUUAGGUUCCAUGGUAAUCCGAAGAGUAUAUGUUGAAUCUGAUAGUAUUCUCAUAGGAAGCCCUUGCUCAAUGUCUCAUGGUACUCUCGGAAGGAUUUGUUUACCCUGUGCAAUUUAUAAAGGUAAGAAUUGUUAUACAUUUUUGCGCGGAGGCCUAAUUGGCAUGGUACCAGAGAACAAAAUAGGAUAUAAAUUGCACGAGGAAAGACGAUAAAAGCUCUGGGGGAGAAGUUGCGUAAGUAUUUCAAUUGUGUGCAGUUGUAAAUUGAAAUAAAUCAAUAUGCUUAUCUAAGAUUGAGAUAUAUGAUUGAAUUUCUCUGUAAUUAGUUUGGCAGUAGGGUUGUAUGGUGCAAAACUUGAUCGUACUCGCGGGAUGGCUAUGUCCAACUACUGUUUUAGAAUGAAGAGCCGGCGGGUUGCAACAGAUGUAAGCAGUGUAUCAUAUGAUAUAUUUUGCAUUGCAUUUUA